UGUUAGUCUAUAUUUGUUAACAACUCAACACAACUGGGAACUGCAGAUCAGGGGUGGAAACAAGAAUUCUAUUGCCGGUAUUCAGCCUCACCCUGUCAGGAUUUUCCAAAACGUAAGAAAACCUACUAAUUAACUGCUUGUGUUUGUGAGUGUGUGCUGUGUGCUUGUUGUUUCAUCACCGUGGACCGUCAGGACUUUCUGCCAGGCUAGAUCUUCCUUUGACCAGUCCACCAUGAACCCUACGUACAACCCAGAGACGGCCAAGAUCUACUAUUUCCGUUACAUGAGGGAGUACCGAGCUGUAGCCGUCCUUUGGGGUUUACUGUCCAUCAUCUGGUGUAUUCUCAACCUGGUCACCUUCAUCCAGCCCCAGUGGAUCGGGGAUACCCUGGAGUCGCCCGGGUUCGGAUACGUUGGGGUGUACGCCCACUGUUACCCAAACGAUGCUCUGUCAAAGUACACCUGCUCUGGUUCGUUCGUGGACUUUGAUACAAUCCUCAACGACUCCUUCCGUGCGACAACGUUCUUCGUCGGCGUGUCGGCCCUCCUCAUGCUCAUCACCGUCGCCGCACUGCUGCUCUUCUUCUGCUUCAAGAAAACGGCCGUCUUUAUCUUCUGUGGAAUCCUACAGCUUAUCUCAGCAAUCUUCAUGUUCCUUGCAUGUGUGAUCUACCCAAGUGGCUGGAAUGACCCCGAGGUGAUAAAGAUAUGCGGCAGUUCGGCUGAUGAGUAUCGUCUUGGAGAGUGCGGUAUACGCUGGGCGUAUAUCCUGGCUAUUCUAGGAAUUUUGGAUGCGGCCAUCUUAGCAAUUCUUGCAUUUUUCCUAGCCUCCAAACGAGCAAAGCUUGACAUCUAUUCAACGACUGGAACAGUUACAAAAUCGGAGCUGAAUGGUUACUCUGGUGAAACGAUGUCGAAGAGGUCGAUGCCGAUACAGCCUGUGGUGACGGUGCCGGACAACCAGGAUGAACGAUACUCUGAGUACUCACAGCCAUCUCGGAAGGCGCGACUGGCAGGAAACCAGGGGUUCGCACUCUAACAGGCGACAUAGAACAUGUGUCAGAAUGACUCGUUCCAGUUGGGCACCAAAACAACAAAACUGUACAUAAAAACAAAACACUUUUGAGACAUUUCCAAAAUGGCUGCAGAUUUUACAAAGAGCUAGUUAUCUGCAACAUGACAAAAUCCAAAUUUAGAUCUUUAAAACUUGAGGAUUCUCAACCACAGAAAUUUAAAGAUGAGUCCUUGAAGCAAGCUCCAAUUUAGACAGUCUUAAUAUAUUUGACUAUGAGACAUGUUUCAAAAUAGGAAUCUGUGACACCGUUUUAUAGAAACUGAUGAGAAGUAAAAUCAACUCUCUCAGUCAACCCAAAAGAACAAUUUUAAAAAUUACUUAUUUCAAUCAAAUGAAAAAAAACCCAUUUCACUUAUUCACCAAUAUGGCAAUUUGUUUAAACUCAAUUAAAACUGUAUUUAAUGUAAAAACUGUACAGUGAAUAUUUAAAAAAAAAGACACUAAAAAUUAACCACUACUUAUACAAAAUUAUGUGUAGAUAAUAUAUUAAAUCACUCACAGCCCAACAGAUGUCACUGUAGGAUGAGAAAUCAAAAGUAAAACAAUGUUACAUGCUCUUGAGCCACAUGGACCUGUAAAUUCACUUAUCGGUCAAAGACAAACCGACAUGCAAAUUUAAAUUUGAAAUGUAUACAUAAGCAUUAUACAUAAGCAUUAUACAUACAAGCAGGUUAAAUGACAGGAUAUAGUGAAUAUUAAAACAGAGGUCUUGGAAAUACCGGUAUAGGUCAGAAUGGAUGCACAGUGCAUGGUUCACAAGUUGAGAAAUAUUACAAAUUAUAAUAGACUAGGUUCUGCAUGUAGAUUCAUCUUCUGAUUCCAAUAUCCAAAAAUGUAUAUAUAUAUAUAUGACAUAUUAACUUUUGUUACUUUCCUACAAUAUUAUUGUUGAACACAACUGAAUCGAUGAAUUUACCCAUUUUAAUAUAGAUAUUUAAGUUUCAUAUUCAAUACAAUAUUUACAGUAUGUGAUAUUACUUUCUGAUUGUGUGCAGGAACAUCCCAACUCCACUUUGUAAAGGUGGUUAAUAUAAUUAUUACAAGCAUGGCUACACCUCAUGAAAUUAAAAUUAAAACAUAAAUAAUGUUUUCUGUAAAUUUGGCACUAUGGAGUUUGGCACUGUGGAGUUGGGACCUUGUCGAAUUCACAAAUUCAGUUGUAUAGCUUACAGUAUGUACACGGCAUAGCAUUAAACAGCAUUAUAGUGAUUUUUAAAGUGCAUUUUGUUCCCGGGUAAUGGUACUCGGAUACAGCUGUUCUUGAUAUAUAUACAUGUAUACAUUGUAGGCGUUUCAAAUUACAAGCAGACCAAAAUAUCUGUAAAUAAUAUAGACUAACAAUGCCAGAAAUUAAAAAAAAAAAGUACAUUAACAUUCCAUGUCUAACUGGUGUUUUGUUCCAAUUUUAACAUGUUAACAAUAUUGAGUUUUACAUUAAAUAUUUAUCAAUAAAUUACCCCUGCACCUCCAGCUAAUUUUUUAAAAAGAACACUGUCAGGUUAUCUUAACCAUAAAAUAUUUUGUCCAUAAUAAGCAUUGGAAAUGAACUUAAGUGCAAUUAUUACUUGACACAAAUGUUUUUGAUAUUUUUAAAACAUUUUAACAGAUUUUGCUUUAACACCAAUAAUUAGACAAGAUCAAUGGGAUUGAUAGGCAGGUUUCAAACAUUUUGUUAUAAUUAAAUUUCUGUUACAUUCAUUACAACGUAACGUCAUCCCAUUGGUCCAGACAUAGCAACAAGAGUUUGUUUAAUUUUUCGUUCAUGGAACGUCAUACCUGAUGAUGUGAUUUUAUAUGUGCAAGUUGUCGUAUCGAGCGUUAUUGUUUAUGGAUAAAAAAUAAUUCAAAAUAAAGUAUGAUGUUUUAGUGUUAUUAUUAGCCUGUAUGAUUCAAAUUUAAUUACAUGUAUUGUCUGUUAUUUCUUUUACGUUCAUCUGGGUAUGAACAAAAAAAUCAUCCGCUUUGCCGAUUCACAGUUUGCGGAUAAAAAAAAAAAAUCAUACCCCGAUGUCGAUGAACAUAAAAGAAAUAACACACAAUCCUUAAAUCAACCAAAUUCCAUCAGUUUUAACAUAUAUGUAUUUUCCAUGACCUUAUCCUUUGGAGGGAGUGGGGGGAGAUUUUCAGGGAUUUUUCUGCAAUCAUGGACAUACACAUGUAAUCUAAUAAUACACCAGGUACUACUGAAUUUAGGGAUUUAAAGAUUCACCUGGAAUAAUAAAAUUAUGUAAUUUUUAUGCUUUGGGAUGCAAUUUCACAAUCUUACACUUCCGACCAUACAUUUGGGAUUCGCAAAAGCACAGAAAUCUGCUUGCAUGUACAAGCAUUACAAUCUUUUGACACCAAAUCUUGAUGAACAAGUUUUCAAACAUUGUUCUACAUGGCUAAAAAAAUAAUUUUUCAAUAAAUGUUUAUUUUCUAUAACUUCCUGUGAUCCCACUCGAAAUUCCAUGACUUUUCAGAUCAGGGCCUCAUUCUAUAAAGCGAUCUUGGUGCUAAGAUCACCUUAAGAGCAUUUAAGGUAGUUAUGCACUUAAAGUCAUCUUAGUGCUAAGAUAGCUUCAUGGAAAUGGACCUAGAAAAUUAUAUUUAAAAAUUCCAGGUCUUUCCAGGAUUUCCAUAACUUGUAUGAACCCAAAAUGUUUUCUUUUUCUUUUUUCCUGUCAGAGCUAAGUAUUUUGUAUGAUGUGUAGUUGUUAUAUUGCUUUAAAUAAGCAGUCAUGGCUACAAAGACUGCAUUUGUUUUAUAUAUAUAAAUUUAUGUAUACAUAUCAUAUGCAUAGUUUGUGGUUUUUUAAAAUUGUAUAUAUAUAUAGUCAUAUUUUUGUAGAUUCAUUUAUGCUUACAAUCUCUGGAGUCACUUUGACAUAAAUAUAUAUAGAUAUAUUAAUCUGUAUUUGAAACAAACAGGAUUGUCAAUAUAUAGGUAAUUGUGCUUUUCUAACAAUUGUCUAACAUGACAUGACUUUUUAGUCUUUUUGUAUAAAAAUGUGUCUAAACUAAAUAGUUCAAUGCAAUUUUUUUUUUUUUUUUUUUAAAUGUCUGUAUUUAUCAAUAACAAGUUUUUAAAAAUACCAAUGUCUGACAACUUAAUAAAGUACAUAUGCACCAUAUGCUUGUGUAAAAUUCAUUGAGUCGGGCAAUAUGUGUGUGUACACAUACAAUGUAUGAAUGUAAUGAUUGAUUUAAAAAAACUUUUUGCAAUUAACUAAAUGUUGUCAUAUGGCCCAUACAUGUAUAUGCAGGGCAAAGUUCUGUAAAACGCACUGGCAACACAUGUAUUAAUGUUCAAGUAAAAGCCCAAUUAUAAGAAUUUUGUUUUAAUCUAAUUUAUAUGUCUCAAAACAGAUAUGUAUGCAUGUACAUUUAUUUUUAUGCAACACAAAACAAAUGAUAUUAUAACCAAGGGUAUAAACCCAUUGUCCUUCAGUACAAACAUGUAUGUAACAUGUACACCACUAGAGUUUUACUUAUUUAUUUAUAGGUUACACACAGGUAGACGGUAUUUAAGUUUUAAAGUGAACACUGUAAAUAUCAAAUAAAAACAACUUUAUGAUAUUACUACUGUAAUUAUUUUCAAUACUAAUUCGAAACAAAGAAUGUGUACAGUCUUAAAAAAACCUAGCAAUAAUGUUAUACAUGUAUGCGAAUGCAGGGUCUAAGUUAAUGUCAUAUGUUUAAAGAUGCCAUUUCAAUUUUCUCUUUAAUAAUAAUAUAUACUAGUAUAUGCUUGUAUUGUCUUAUUUGAAAUCAGUCACUGUCUCAGCUGAUCUUAGAAUGUGUUAUUCAUCUUGUAUCAUUUCCUUUUCAUUACAAAACACAAAAGCAAUUACAUGUACUGUAUUAUGGUAAUAUUAAACUAGGAAAACAAAUUAAAUUUUUUAUUUAAAAAUAUAUAAAAGUUUGGCAAUAAAUUUCUUACCUCUA